AUGGAGAACAUGCAGACAGAGCCGCUGGACGUGUCGGGUACAAAGAGAGCUUCUGAUUCCCCAGAUGAUCGCGAUAGGAAGAAAUCUCGAGGAAACGCUCCGAGCACAGCGACUGUGGAGGGCGAAAGCGCUGAGCAACCCAUACUAACAGGUUCUAUCGGUACGAGAAAUGACCGCACGGGGAAAGCUCCAGUGUCUGCAUUGCCCAAGUCCACCAAGGCAGUAGUUUUGAAUGAAGUUCUUCCUCCUCCUGCUGGAGCACAGAACAAAGGGCGGGUCAAUAAUGUCGCAAUGACCCAUUCUCUCUCCGACAAUCUGCCAGCCCAGAAAAAGAGGACACCUCAAGUCAUGUACCCUCCGUCCGCAGACUUUAUCUUCUCUCAGACUAUUCCAUCUUCCAACAUUGCAACCUCGUCAAAUCGAUCAAUUCGCAAGUGGCUCUUCUCGACUAUCUUGAUUGUGUCCUGCUGUUGUGCUGCAGCAUUCUUUCAACGCGCGCCCUCCAUUCGCACAUUUGACCACGUAAUCCCACCGAAACAUGUUGUUGAUACAGUUGCGAAGGGGGGUGUCGUUGACAAGAAUGUGCAGGGACAAAUGGAUGCGUUUUUGAGUAAUGUGACUCUCCGAGAGUUUCUGACGGAUCCCUCUGGCUUUCACCUGGGCAUGGCGCCAUCUUUCUUUGGCUUCUAUGGCUAUUUCGGAAGCUUGGCGGCCUGGGACGAAGGCCUUGUUACUGCCAAUCAGACCUCCUUUUUGGAUACUGACAAGAUACUGUCAGUUGCGGGUGCAUCGGCAGGUGCCAUGGCUGCCAUGUUGUUGGCCGUGGGUAUUCCUCCGCGAAAAGCAGCUGACUUUGUUGGCACCAUUGACUUGACCACAUUUGCAGAUCCACCGGGUGUUUUGUCCGCAUUCAAGGGCGAUAAGUUUGAACAACUCAUGUUCGAGUUUAUCCAGUCACAGGUUCCUGCCGACCAUAGUAUGCAGAUGCAAGACAGCAAGAUUCCAGUAGCUGUAACAGGAUUUGACUUGCAGACCCUCAGUACACUGGUAAUGACAGAAGGAUGCGUGGCCCGUUCAGCCCGCGCUUCGGCUACGUUUCCCUUCCUCUUUCAGCCUGUUCAUUGGCUCGGAGGAUCGGACAGUGAGAGCGAUAGUCAAGACUAUGUCCUGAUUGAUGGAGGAGUGGAAGACAAUUGCGGUCUCGAAGGUCUUUCGACGAUGGAACCAGGGUUACAGAAGCGCGUUGUCAACAUGGUAGUUGGGAAUUUUGGAGGCGUCGGGACUGGAGUUCCACCAGGACCUUCGGAAAUGCCAUCUGGAUUAUCUACGUCUGAGUUGCUCUCGAUAUCCAUACGCAAUCUACCUCAGUGUGGACCGUGGGCUAUGGAGAAUGGCCCCAUUGCUGUGGAGGGUGCUCGCAGGGCAAUGCUGGCUUCACUAGAUUUACCAUUGUACCGUGGAAAGGAAGACGGGCACUACGAGCUACACAUCGACGCUAGUUCCUUCGUUCCAGCAGCUUAA